UAUGCAGCAAUAAUCAGAGGUUAAUUUUGCAGGGAGUAAAGACAAUGGAGUACAAGUUGUACCUACAACACAAGAGAAUAAUUCCAACAGCUACCAAAAGAAGAUGGAGUGAUAGUCAAAAAGGUUUUAGGAAACAUUACAAAACAUGGUUACAAGAUCCAAUGCAUCAAGAUGCCACAUCUAAUUGCGAAGAGGAAAGCAGUUCCCACUGUAACAAGCCACCACAUCAUUCCACAGAUGACACAUCUGAAAGUGAAGAAGAGAACAGUUCCCAAUGUAACAAGGCACCACAUCAUUCCACAGAUGACACAUCUGAAAGUGAAGAAGAGGAGUGGGACGAACUCAACACAACACUACAUCAUAACAUGCAAGGAGAAUCUGACAAUGAGAAUGAACAAAACUGGCAUAUGACACCCCCUAAGGACCCCACAAUGGAUGUUGAAGGACAUGGCAACAUGGACAAUAAUGCUGAUGAGAACCCAAGAGCUGUGAAAGACAAAAUAUAUCCCACCGCUAGGAUUACUAAAGAAGAAUCUCAGUUGUCAAUUUUAUCCUAUGCUCUUAGGCAUACCACAACAAAAUCUGCUCUUGGACAUUACACAGUCCUACAGGACAAGUAUGUGAACAGACCUACAGGACUCCUGCAGGAAUGUGCCCUGUCCUGCAGGAUUUUUGUUCUGUCCUACAGGAUUCCUGCACAUAGGACCAAAAUCCUACAGGAAUCCUGCAGGAUUUUUUUAACUAAUGUGAUCCCACCUACCGCGUGCGCGCCAUUCAUAUGGAAAUUACCUGAUGCGGGCUAUGCAAACAAGAUCAACGCCCCCAAACAAUGCUUUAAGACACAGCAAGUUUUGACAGUUUCAUUCACUUAUCGACGCGCUGGGAAGAUGACACGCUUUACAGGUGAGGAAGCUCUACAGAUGCUCCUGGACAGCGAGGAAGAGUUCACUGUUUCUUCAGACGAAGAGCAGGACUCCGACGAUUAA